AUGGCGAAAUCGCGGCCGUCAAAGAACAGAAAAGCCACGCCCGCGACCCCGGCUGCGCGGCGCGCACAGCAGGCGCCCGCGCCCUUCGAGAAGAAAAAAAACACUGUUGGAGCCCCGAAGACACGCCCAGGGUCUUUCACAGACACGCGCGUCCUUGCGAAAAGUAACUUCCUGCUUGCUCGGCAGUGGAGACAGAAAGCAGAGAGCGAUCGCAGAGACGCGUCAGCGAAAAAGAAGGCACUCGGCACCGUCGAUCCCCAUGCAUUCGUGAACGAAAUCGAAGAAGCUUUGCAAAAAAUCCGUCACCCUACGCCGCGAAUCCGCGUCACAGGGCUUGUCCAUCUAUCGGCUUCGCUCUCCCGGCUCCUCGCCGCCUUGUCUGAUCAGAAGGAGCAGUCUCCUUUUUUCGCCUCUUCGUCUUCUGCCUCCUCCGUCGCCCUUCUGUUGAAUCCUCUCCUCCCUGGCCUUCUUCCCGCGCUGCUUGGCAGCGGCAUCUCUGAGCGCGACCCAGCUGCGCGCACUGCAGUUCGCUCGGCGUGGACGAGUCUUCUGUCUCUGUUGUCUCCGAGGGAGGCCCGAAAGGGCGCGUCGCGGCGCGCGGCCUCCGCCGCGACCGCGGUCGGAGGCGAGAGGGGCCCCGGGGAGGCGGGAGGAACGGAAGAAGAGCGCCAGGAGGAAAACCAACAGAUUCUUCUCGCCCACCGAAAAAGUAUUGCGGUAUUCCUUCAAAACGGGCUGACUGCGCUGGAGCCGGAGGCACGCCUCGACUCCUUGCAUCUGAUCGACGCCGCGCGGCGGCUCUGUCCUGCACUGCUUCUGGGAGAAGAAGAGCUUCCGUUCAGCGUCAUCAGCGUCCUCACGUGCGGCUCGGCGAGCGUCUCGGCCUUCACGUCUCUCGCGCUUCCGCUGCUGCUUCAGCUGCUCCCCCCGCACCUGCCUUCGGUCUCUGCGGCGUCGUCUACUCCGAGUGCGUUCUCCGCCGCGGCGCGGGCAAGCCUUUCUGGGCGCGAGGAAUCUUCCGAGGACGUCCCGGGGGCGGCGCGGCGCGCGCAGGUCUUAGCCGGCUUGUCUGCGCAGCAGAGGUCGCGGGUGCAGCAGCUCCGGGAGCUCUUCAGCAAAACAUGCAGAAUUUGGCUGCAGCUUCUCGAGGAUUUGAAGGCCAAGUGUCGCGCAGCGUCGAGCGCCUCGUCAGCUGUGGCGGCUUCUGGAGGCGCGAGGGGUUCCUCUGAGGGCGGCGCGCCGAGCCGUCGCGCGCAGAGAAGAGACAGCGACGAGGUCGCGUCACUGCUCUUCCAGAUGUUCAGCUGUCUACGACUCCUCCAUCUGCUGCUUCUCGGCGCGCCGCAGUUGCCGCCAGACGUGCGCGUGUCGCUCCUCUUGGAACCCGCAACGGAGGGCGCCCGUGGCGGCGGAGAGAGACAGAGAGACGCCGGCGCUGAGGCCCUGGGCGACGGCAAAGUACGGCGCGCCCUCGCGACGGCCCCGCGCGCUGCGCCCUGCGAAGCCCCGCCUUCUGCGGGCGAGGGCUGCCGGAGCUGUCUCCUCCUCGUGUUGCUGCUGCUGCAGGUCUCUGAGAGCGAAGGACAGAGGCUGAAGGACAACGAGGAGGGCGGAAAAACCGGCCAGGCGAGCCACGGCAAAACGCAGGAAGAUCUCUUCUUCUUUUUCGUCAAGCACGUCCUGUCGUCGCUUGCGUUCCUGCUGUCCUUCACACUCCCGACGGAGAGCGCGGCGGGCGCGCCAGCGUCUUCUUCGCGCGGCGCCCUCCUCCACGCAGUGCGUCUCUCUCUGGCUUCGCUGACGUUUCACCUCGCGUCCUUCCCCCUCGCGCCUCUUCUUGAGGACGAAGGCUGGUCGCUGUCGCCCUCCGCUGCGUCCUGCGCGCCCUCCUGGCGCGGCCUUGCUCCGCCUUCGCCCUUCGCUCGGAGGGGCGCCUACUCAUCGAUUCGCUACGAAGGCGAGGAGCUGCUGACUCGUCCAGCCGUCGGCGUGCUGGGAGACGUGCGCCGCCUCGUUUUGUCUUCAGUGAAGGCGGGCGUUGGCGGCGGCGCGUCUGCAGAGAGCGCCACGGACGGCAAAGCCGCGGAGCGUGCGACGCAGAUUUCCUUCUGUCUCCCGCCUCCUCUCGUGUCGCUAUUCCUCGGCUGCUACCUCACUGCGUCGCUCUUUCUGCUCCACGCGGCGCGCCAGAUUAAGCGCAGCGUACACGACGUCCAGGCGGAAGAGCUGCGCGACUGCCACAGAGCCUCGAGCGCGCACCGAAAACUUGCGAAAGAAAAUAUCUUUUUCUACGUCAGAGGCACCGAGGCGGAUCGACGCGUCCCAGCGCUCCUUCCCCCGGACUCUGACAGUGGCGCGUCCUGCGCCGCCGCAGCCGCAGCCGCCGCGGCUUCGGGCCUCGGCGCUGCGUCGUGCUGCAACGGACUCAGCGCGGGGCGAGUGGAGAAGACUUCUGCCUCGCUGGGUCUGAAUGCGAACGCGUUAAACGCCUUCUCUACUGCCUCUGAGUACGCCUUCUCGCCGCUGUCGCGCCGCACCGUCUUCUUCACGGACCUGCUGCUUCGAGCUUUCGUCUCUUUCUUCUCGCCUCUUGCGGUCGACCCCUCUAUGCACCUGCGCGACUUCUCACAGCGACUCGUGGACGCAGAGACUCGUGGGGGGACCGCGCUUGCCGCGCUGUCUCCGCUCCUCUCUCUCUCUUUGUCUUCCCCGACGCUCUUCUCGGUAGUUCUGUCGUCGCUCUUCCCUGCGUCGCCCUCGGUGCAGCGGCAGUCGCUCGGGGGGCGGCAGGGGGCCUACGCGCUUUUUGCGGCGUUCGGCGGACUCAAGAAGACGAAAGUCUUCUUCUCGCCCUCCGUGCUGCAGACCUUCCUCCGCGAAAUGCAGCGGUCCGCAUUCGUGGACGAACUGCUGAGAGAGGAAGGCGCUGCGGAGGUGAAGGACGGCGACAACGCCCACGCGCGCGAGGCCGAGACGCGAGAGGGAGGGGAGAAAAAAGAGAGCGCGAACGGAGAGAGGACGACGUCCUGUCUGGUGCGCGGCAUCCUUGAGGCUUGCGAGACGCUGCAUCACUCGGUUGCGAAGGCCAGCCAGGGCCGCAGCGAAGGUCCGCCUGCGUCUUCCUCCUGGUCUCAGAAGGGCAAGAGCGAAGGCCGAAAUCGGUUCGGUCAGCUCGCCUCUCUCUCAGAAAAGAAGGAGAAAAAAAAGAGGGAGAAGGGAGGCGAAGAACGCGAGAGCGAGGCGCUGGAAGCAAGUCCUGCGCCCAGUGAACCGAACGACGCGGCCUCUGCGUGCAUCCUCGCCAUACAGGCCAUCCUUCUCGAAACUGUCUCGCUUCUCAUCUCGCUGCCUUUCGUCUUCCCCGACCUCGCCGCCGAGCGACGCAGACUACGAGCGACAGAAGCCGAAGACGAACGAGGCGACAGCGAGGGAGAGGAAGAUGAUGAAGAUGAGGAAGAAGACGAAGAGGAGGACGGCGAGGAAGAUAAAGAGGAAGUUGAAGAGGAAGGUGGGGACGGUGAAGAGGAAGAAAACGAAGAGGGCGAUAUGGCAUUGGCGUCCUUGGAGGGAGAAUCGAGCGAGCCCGAGGAGACGACCAAAGCAGACCCGAAAUUGAGUUCCGGGGAGGGCAGCGAGGGCGGGAGCGGAGACGGUGGCUGUGAAGAGGCCGAUGGCGCCCAGACAGAAGGCGCUGUGUCUACGUCUGCGUCGGCAGCCGACGAGAAGGGAGACUCCUCCCAGCCGUCUCAGGCACUGCAUGUGGACGGCGUCACUCAGCUGUCGGUAACGUUGCUCCCUCUCUCGUUUCUUCUCCUGGGCGCCGCGCCGACGGCGCUCUGUGCGACGAUGCCUCCGCUUCUCUCAUCCCUGUACCGCCCGCUCUUUCCCGCGAUGCUGGUCGCCUCGCCCGUCGUCUUCGCACCCUCGCGCCGCGACACGCCCCCCUCCGGGGAGCCCUCCCCGCUGCGAAAGGGCUUCGCGGAGCAGCCGAGGAAGCCAGACGCGGGCGCCGCGAACCCCUACUACUGCCUGGAAUGGAGCCCGCGGAUUGGGCAGGUGUAUGUGAAGCUCUGCGCGGCGGUCGCCGCUCUGGCGAGUCCGCGCGAAGACGCGGAGCGAGCCGCCCAGGCGCCGGAAGGCCAGGCGCCGGAAGACCUGGCGCCGGAAGGCCGCCCGUCGCCGCGGCCCGCGGAGAAAGAAAACGAGGUCGCGCUUGUUGUUGCGCAGAUGGCCAACUGGGUCGCAGGCGUCAUGCGGCACUUUGCGCUUCGGAGCGGAGACAGGUGCGACUUCUCUCUGCUGUUCCGGGCCUUCGAGCCUUCGCUUCUGGCGCUGUUCUUCUCUGCGCCGGGAGGCUUUUCCCGAGGCCGCUCGGGCCGCAGCGGCUUGUCGCUAGCCAGAGACGGCGCCGCCCGCCCUGACGCGGAGGGCAGCCAGGUUGCACGGCCUUCUUGCACGUCGUCUGCGUCUCUGUUUUUCCGCCUUCCAGCCGCUUGCCGGCAGUUCCCGCUCUCGCUCCUCUCCUUCUUGGGUGGGCGGUCUGUGGGCGCUCUGCUGCCGCAUCUCCUGCGCAGUCUCGUGCUGCCUUCCUCUCUCUCUUCGUCCUGCUGCCCUCCGUCGCCUCCCAACUCUGCGCGCUCGCUGGUCACUCUCUCGCCGAUGCCUGCGAAGGGCGAGCUGGACGCGCGCCGCGAGUUGUUGGAGAUGCUGCUUCGCGGCUCGACGCUCAGCAGUGACGCAGGUGCCGCGCCCCCCGAGGCGGACGUUAGAAGGCACCUCCUCCAAGCCGCUCAGAGGAACGAAAAGAUCCUCCUCUCGCUUCUCUGCAGCGCCACAAAGCCGUUCGCCUUGUCCGCGGGUGCAGGGACAGGGAGACGCGGAAAACGAGAAGACACAGACCGUCGGACGCGAAGGCGAGAGGAGGCGGCGGAGUGCGGCGAGGACGCCGCCGAGGCGAGGCUGCAGAAGAAACGCAGAGAGGUUAAGCGCGAGGCAGAGAAGAAGGAUGGAGACAGGACGGAAGGCCGCCCCGUCGCCGGCGACGGCGCAGGACGCGAGGGAGGGGCCGGUACCACGAGUCACGAGGGCGAGGAGACUCCAGGGGCGGCUCUCUUCUCGCCUCCCUCAUCCCAGCUCCAGCCGUGCCUUUCGCUGCCGUCGCACCUCUUCGCGCUCUUGCGUACUGCAGCCGGCGUUCACACGGAGCUCCAGGAGCGCAUGCUUCUGGCGUGCCCGGCGCUCUUCGCGGCGAAGUCGGCAGGCUCGCCGAGAGCGAGCAUUGGCGACGGCCGCGCUGAGCCGGCGGGCAGCGGGGAGGCGUUUGCCAAGGCAGACGCGCUUUCAGAAUGCGCCGGCGCCUGCGUCCGGUGCGCGAUUCUCGGCUCGAGCGUCUGCUCAAUCGCUGAGAAAGUCCUUCACUUCUCCACGACUCCGCUGCCGCUCUCGGAGGCGCCAACCGGAGACUGGCGGCUCACCGCCUCCUCCUCCGCCUACGCACACGUGUUUGGACGUCUGCACGCGGUUGUGGGGACUCUGUUCUGUCUCCGCGACGCCCUGGCGAGGACAGGCCCUGCGUUCCAGUUGUUUCAGCGGGGCGAGGGAGACGCCACGGCCUCUGCAACGCGUCUAGCCCCCUCUUCGAGCGCCCCGGUGACUUUACAGGGUCACUACGCGUACUCCUGGACUCAAAGAUACAGGAGACUAGCGGCGGUAGCUGUGGCUGAACGACCCCGCGAGGGCGAAGACGAGCGAGAAGCCCGCGCCGCGGCCGAGAAUGAGACAGCGACGCUCACGCAGUGGCUGCAUGCCGACCCGCUCCUCCCCGCUCCCUUUUCCGCCGGCCUGCAUCUCCUCUUCCUCUUUCUCCAGAAUCCUCUCUUCGUUGCCCUCGCAACGCCCGGCUCGUCCGCGUCCUCCUCCGACACCUUGCCGCCGCGGAGUCUCUCACCGACUGCGUCUGGAGACUCGAAAGCGUGGGAGCUCGACGAACGGAGUCCUGUAGUCGCCGCAGCAGCCGGGGACGUUCGCCGGCUGCUGUUCGAGUCGAAGGGCGCCGCCACGCGCCUCUCACUCAGCCUCAUAAGCCGCUCAGCCGAGCAGGAGGAGACCUCAGAGGCGAGCGACCCGGGGCAGGAACGCGGCGACGAAGAGAGCGACGCAUUCUCGCUGGAAGCUGCGCUGCAUGCACUGGGAACUGAGGGCGCCGAAGAAGCGCAGCGCGAGCGAGGGUGUCAGUCGCCUUCGGCCGCGGAUGCCGGUGAGCACGCAGUGACGCGCCACAUUCUUGAGUUGCUCCUUGACAUCGUUUGCACCACCGCCUCGCUUUGUCCCUGCCUCUCGAGCCGCGCGAGAGAGAACGACAGGCCGGGAGCCGGAGCCGACGCGGGAAAAGACGGCGCUGUGCGCUUCUUCGCCCACUUUUUUCGAUUUUCUGUCUUCCUUCUGCGAAGUGUCGACCUGCUGCUGCGCGCGGCUCUCCGCGGUGCGCUGCAGCCGGAGCCCGUGGCAGGCGAAGCGGAGGAAUGCGAACAGGCGCCUGCGAGGCGCGCGGACGCGAAGGACGACGAGACCCAAGAAGCGCUGGAGAAGGUGCAGGCGUGCGCACUGCCGCGGAUAGAUGCGUUUCUACUCGAGGAGAAACGGAAGGCGGGCAGUCAAAAAGCGACGCGGGAGACGUGCGGCGCCGGACGAGAAGGGCAGGGACCAGUCUCAGCAGGCCCGGUCGCACAUGCGCGAGGAGACAACGAAGACGCGAGCCGCCCGAGGCGGGAGCGCGUCGAGGUGCUACUGGCAUGCCUGGGGAUCGUCCUCAAGCUGCAUCGCCGCGCCCGCAUGAGCCUGGCAGAGACACACUUUCGAGCUCGUCGGGGGGACCGCAUGCAUUGGCUGCGCCUCUAUCGGCAGCUAAAGGCCGAAGAGCGCUGGAGAGAAAGAGAGGCGAAACUCCCUUUGUGGCGUCGCAUCGUCGCACGAGGCGAGGCUGAAGAAAGUGAGAGAGGAGGAGAUGCGACUCCAGGUGGCGCCGGCGCACUCGCAGGCCUUUCGUCUUUUUCAGAGCCUUUCGCGCUAAAAAACGGGGCGAGGGGCGGCCAGCAGCGGAGGCAAGGGAGCUGCGAGUUCGAUGCCGACGAAGAAACGCGAGACGAAGCGCCGGACGAAAUCCUAGACGCUAUGGAGAGGAAGGAGAGGGAGCAUGAAGAACGCGAAUGGGAGGUUAUCCUGUGUAGAGAUGAACAGGGCUUCCAAGUUGUGGCGCGCAUUUGCAACGACUUACUUCACGACACACUUCCGGCUGCUGCGAAAGAGCUCAAUCUUGAGAGCGACACGGGCCUGUCGCUUCGUUGUAUUGAGCGCCAGCUAGCGACGCUCUCGCGCUCGCGCACUGCGGCCGCCUAG